UAGUAACUUCCCGAGGUGAACGACUGCUCCGUUUUUAAGUGCUAAAGGUGGUACAACCUGUACUCCAUUAACAUUUAUGGGUUCAAUGAUUCAGUUAUGUUUGCUCGUGCUUGAAGUUUGAUUGCUCAGUAGUUUUGAACUGUGCAUUCUUUUUUAUCAGCCAAUCCCUGUUUGCAUGCCAGAGUUUUUGAAACUGAAAGAUCUGAAUAAAAGGAGAACAUUUGCUUAAACAUAUACUUUGUGCCAAUAUGUUCUCAAAAAUGCAAACAUUAAGUUCAGUACCAAUUGAAAUAAUUGUGUAUUGGUUAGGAGUCUGGUUGUAACUAUGUGUGCUCUUUGCUUUUCAUGAGGUCGAUAAAACCUUUUAAAAGGCCAUCAGGCUUAGGUUUUUACUUUGUUGUUUAUCUUUGAAACAUCUGAGGUUGCACAGGGUUAACAGUUUGUUCCUUUGUAUUCAGGAAUGACUGGUAUGUGUCAGCCAAAGACAGAGAUACUUUGAGAGUAGAGAUUCUGCAAUCCUUAGAGCAUACAUAUUGGACAUGAUUAAAACAAAACACGAGUUUGUCAGGGAAUGACAAGCAAAGUGGGCGUGACUGCCUUGGCAUGGCUAGUAAGAACACACACGGCACAGUCAUUUGAAGCAACAGCUAAAAGGAAACUGCUUUACAGGAGACCGGUGUGGGUAGUGUAAUUUUGAUAUCUGUCCUUGCUUUGUGUAGAUACACGAGAAGGGGUAUAGGGGCGUUACAGAUGACAUGGAGUUGGAGAGGCAGCGAUGGGAUGGGUGGAUCCUCUGUUAAGGCAGUUGUUUGACUUGCAAAGCAGGCCUGGGUGCUCUCUGACUGGGCAUUGAGAGAAGCCCUUUCCCUGGAAGUGGAACACCAGGUACACGGACAGCUGCGGUGCUGCUUUGUGCUGGGUUGCGGGCCUUGUCACCCACAGGCAUGAAUUAAUGAUAAGGAAUGUUUCAAGCCAUGAGGAGGUGUCAGGAUCAGACAGGCAGACGGACAGACGGCAGGACGGAUACACGGGUGGGGGCUGUGCUAGGCGGCUCGGCGGCAGGCUGGUGGAAGAUGUCGUCAGGAGCCGGUGGGAGGGGUGGACGGCGGCUCAGAGGGACAGCAAGCAGCACUGGUGGAGGAGGGAGAGGAGGUGCAGGAGAGGCAGAGGAAGGCCCCGUGGGGAUCCCUUUCCCCGAGCACAGCGCAGACAUCCUGGGCAGCCUGAACAAGCAGCGGCUUAGCGGCCUGCUGUGCGAUGUGCUCCUGGUUUCCCAGGAACUGGAGUUCCCGGCUCACCGCUCCGUCCUGGCGUCCUGCAGCUCCUACUUCCACAAGCUCUUCACUUCAGGAGCCGCCGCUGACCAACAGAACGUCUACAACAUCGACUUUGUGGUGGCGGAGGCUCUGGGGGCGCUGCUGGACUUUGCCUACACAGCGACAUUGACAGUCAGUCACAGCAGUGUUGCUGACAUCCUUGCUGCUGCACGCCUCCUGGAAAUCCCACCGGUCCAGGACGUCUGUACACACCUGCUGGACUCCAAAGUGCUCUCCCCGCCGGCGGGCAGUGAGCGAAGAGAUGAAGAGGAGGAGGGGAAGGACAGAGGAGGCAGGGAGCAGGGGAACCGGGUUCGGGCCCAGGAGUUCCUGGAGUUUUACCUGAGAGGGGCCCACUGGAGCAGCAGCUGCAGCACGCCAGAGCUCAGGGACCUGCCCACACAUCUGCACUUUAACCACGGUAACGGAGGGACCCCCAGCAACGGGGCUCCUGCUGGCCCCGGCAAGUACUACUCCCCCCUGGCCCUCGCCUUGGCCCAGGCCCCCACACAGGAGCAAGACGAAGAAGACGACGAGGAAGAUGAGGAAGAUGAGGACGGGGAGGCGGUGCAGGGGAACGGAGCAGGCCUGGGGUCAACUUACUACCCUCCAUCCCAAAACGGCCACGUUCACCUCCUCCCUGAGUCUAGGCUGGGGCAGGAGCCAGAUGUGGAGGAUGGGAGCAGGGACGCGUUGGCGAGGGACAGGGGGUCUGCAAGUGCCCUACUGCAGCAGAUGAUGGACUCCAUCGAGAGGCAGAAGGAUCGCGCAACUACGGGGGAGGAACAGGGAGAUGGGGACGACCCAGACAUGGAAUUUUACUUGAAUUAUUUUAACAGCACGCAGCACGAGGAUCCGGUUUCUGCUGCUGUAUCACAGGGAGUGCCGCCGCUCUGGUUAUCACGGGGCAGAACAGGCCAAGACAGAGCAGGAGGAGGAGAGAGGGGGGUGGGAGAGAGAGACAGCGGGGGCGCAGGAGGAGGAGGAGGAGCCGAGAGGAAGAUGCGCUCUAAGGCCUUCCAGAAAUGUCCCAUAUGCUCCAAGGUCAUUCAAGGAGCAGGCAAGCUACCCCGCCACAUCCGAACACACACGGGAGAGAAACCUUAUGAAUGCGCCAUCUGCAAAGUGCGCUUUACCAGGCAGGACAAGCUCAAGGUUCAUAUGAGGAAGCACACAGGAGAGAAGCCUUACCUGUGUACGCAAUGUGGAGCCGCCUUUGCUCACAACUACGACCUGAAGAACCACAUGCGCGUGCACACCGGCCUGCGCCCCUAUCAGUGCUCCAGCUGCUUUAAGACUUUCGUCCGCUCGGAUCACCUGCACCGCCACCUCAAGAAGGACGGCUGCAACGGCAUCCCUUCUCGUCGAGGUCGGAAGCCUCGGGUGAGAGACCCCGGGCUCCUCGACGCCCCUCUGAGCCUGCCCAGCCCCGGGUCCGACACGAGCCCCGGGCCGUGCACCAUCAGGGGACGGCGGAGCUCGGAGGCAUCGUCAGCGGCAGAGAUGGAGGGGGCUGCCGAAGCCCACGCACACAGUCCUCAACUUCAGGAGGAGGCCGGGCCCUGAGACUGCAGGGGCCACAAGGACACUGCUGGACACCGUCACUCUGCACUGCCUGGGAGACAGGCCAGUGAACAGAGAGGAGUAAAAAAACAUGCUAAGACAAACUUUUAAAAAAAACAACAACUAACUAUUCCUCUAUAAACCAAAUCAGGGUGUCACAAAAAUUCUAAUCUUAUAUUUCUUUCUCCUUUCACUUUAGGAAAUGGAAUAGACUUGCAAGCACUUGAGUCGGUUUAUCUGUUAAAGAGCAAAGAACGCUUCAAUUCAUGCACCCAUCACGUCCACUUUCUGGGCCAUUUCAUUCUUUCUAAUAUUAAGGUUUUUGUACAUUGGCAUAUGUGCUUAGGCAAACGUAUGAUAGCUCAAAAGAAACUCUGAGCAACUAUGCAGUUGAUUUCAAUUUGUAUUGGUUUUGGUCCUCACAAGCCUUCAAGCUCUAAGCAAGGUGUCUAUCAAGCUCCUUCUGGCUGCUGUACGGGUGAAGCGAGGACAAAUCCUCCCAGUGAAAACAACUCUUUUUCUAUUCUUUUGCAGGUGUGAAAUGUACAGUUACCAUAGAAACAACAUUGCCACAAAAUGGCAUAUGCAAGGAAAGCUCACCACAAUUUUGAUGCAACAGUUUUCUCUCUUUAAAUGUUCCAGAAAGAAUCAGACAAGGGGUUUGAUUGAAGUGUUACUUACUCUAUAAAAUGCGUUUUUAAGAAUCUAUGUUUUGUUAUUUUGAAAAACAAAUCCAUAUUGAGUCAAAUCCACUUUAACGGGGGCUCUUCAAUUGCAGGACUAGGGAAAAUGAGGGGUGGAGGGUUUGUGUUUUUAAAGCACUACCAUGGUCGAUGUAUCUGUCGGAUUGACUACGUUGCCUCUUAUCCCUCACAAACCUGCAAUUUCAGCAUUUCUGUUUUCCCUUUUGAUUUUGUCUUAAUUUAGUUUGGGUCGUUGUUCCUUUCUGUUGACUGCUUUGGGUACUUGACACUUAUAUUGUAAUGCAUGUAUAUACAGCAGGUGGUGAUAUGACAUUAGUCCCCUCUUAAUGCUGAGGUGUACUUAACAAUCGGGUUUUUCCUCUUAGGCUUGAUGUCAUAUUUCUCACGGAGUGAAGCUUGUGGGCGAACGAAAAAAACCAACCUGUAUGAAUGUCUGAUGAGAAAAACCAUUGAAUCACCCAUUUUGUCCUAAACUUAAAAACACUUGUAUAGUUCCUGCCCAAAGGACGAGGAGGUCGGAUGGAUGAAUGUGCAGUUCUUUCGGAUUGUGUCCUUGUGUGACAAGGCGCGGGUAGCAUUUAACCAAGCGCAGGUUAAAGGAAUGGCAGGGGAGCCCGAGCGAGAGAAUGACAAAGAGUACGAAGAAGAGAUAGAUGAGCACCUUUUUUCUAUGUUUGCACAGCUUUACUAAAGAUAUCCAACAGAGCGAGAGAGAGGUAUAUUUAAAGGAAGAGGGCUGGUGUGAGAGGAGGUAUAUGUAUCAUGCUUAUUCCAAUCCUAUGUGCCCUAGGGACCACACAACCGUGAGGCAACCUGUAUGAUGAAGAGAGCAAUAAAUACCUGUCCAAGUUGGGAGGCCAAAUAGGAGCGCAGCUGCAGCUGGAUGAUGGGGGAGGGGAGCAAGGGAAGGGGAGGGGGAUCUCACAAUGUCUGUUGCAUUCCAAAAAAAUAAUCUCCCCCAGCUCAGCCACGUUUCCAGGCGGGAGGGGAUCAAAUCAAGCCUUUUCUCUCCCUCUGUAGUCCUCUAAUGCCCCCGAACUAGCCUGGAGGGGAUAUUAUUAUAUUAGAGCCUGGUGUUACUGUGGGGAGGACGCCUGGUGCUGGCAGUUUAGUGUGGGUGUUUGUAUGUCUGUGUGUUUGUGUACAUGUGUGUGCGUGGCAGCCGGGGUCGCUGUGGCCACAUCAUCACUGUGAGUCAGCCACGGCCUGUUCAAACAUGCACCCUGAACUGCCAGCCCCAAUGCACUUUCGCUGUCUCACACACAUGUCCACACACACACACACACACUCAGAUACUCAGCUCACUUGGUCCAGGUAUCCCGUGGAGAAGGGGAAUAUCUGUUUGAAUAUUGUAAGUGACUCCAUACAUCUGGAUUUGUUAGUCUUAAAAUAUCUAAAGUUGUGUUUUUGUAUUCGGAAUCCAAUGUUAUUUUUGUCCUAACCCCCCCUCCUAAUCACCGCCCUGUCAUUUCUGCAGUAGAAAUCGGUCCCUUGCACCUUAAUUGGAAAGACGGUUAUGAAUGCACUUUGUUACUGAGGGGGGCACUAUUUCAACAAACGGGUACUUUGAAACAAAGCAGUUGCAAAUGAGAUAAGUCCUUUCUUCUGUCUGUCGUGGUGAAGUUGAGCUCCUUCACUGGUUUUGAUCAGGUUUUGACGACAAGCUGCCAAAUUAAAUUGAAAACAGAGAUCAGAGCUCUCAAAGAGUUGUUCUGAUUCACUACACUUGGGUUUUGUGACCUGAGAAAAGACUACCAUCCACGUAAGUGAUAGCACUAGAAAUCUAGUAAGUUGUCUUUCUGUCUUAGGAAAGGGAAGGGGCUAGAAGGAGAAGAAGAAAGAGCACUGUGUGUGUGUGUUUGGCAUGCAGUUCCAGUUGUGUGCAUGUGCGCUGGCUGGCAGGCAGGAGGGUCUCGGGACAAGCUUGGAUAAACAAACGUUGCGUCUGCCCCAUCUGUUCAACAGCUCCUCUCAUAACUACACGUGUUCUCAGAGGAACCGCAGUGAUAAUAGGUGCACGGUUCCACAGAAGCAAAACGACCAUACUGUAAAAGCAACUCAAUGGACAAUUGCUUGUUUACAUCACGGCUCUCUUGGUGCAGAUUUGCAAAACUCUUUGUUUACCCUUGUUGGUCAUCGUCAGUGGUUGGCCAGGCCUUGAGAGUCUUAGUUUCUAUUUUUGGUUCUCCGUUAUGAUUAAGGAGGGGUUCAUUAGCGCACAGUUUGACUCCUAUAGGCAGACAAUGCAAGCUAUAUGUGAUAUGUAUGUAAUACUUGGUAUGGACCGCUUAAACCAACUUUGUCUCGAUGUGGCAGAAAGUGAAACCUGUUAGCAAUCUUAAACAUUGGUUUCUUUGUACUUAAAAAGUCUUAUGUGUUUUGUUAAUUAACCAAAGCCCUCAAUCUUAGUCCACUGUAGAUAAGUCUAAUGUAUCCAGCCUCCCUGACUAAGUCACACACAGAAGCCCUCCUCUUGAAUUCAUAUGCAGAAGUGUGUGUGAAAUCAUACAGAUAUUGACUUGAGUUAGCUUUCUCUCGCUCUUUGUCUCCUUGUGGACAGUAGAAUCAGAGGUUUAAAGAUGUAUAGUUUAUUUCUGUUCAUCUACACUUAAAAUAACGUGUUGUGCUACUUUUUUUUUCUAACAAUUGUACAUGGCUGCGUGUGUGUGUGUGUAUGCGUGUGUGUGUGUUGGGGUCAUGGUUGUGGGUUGCUGUGCCAGGAGGGUUGGGGAAAUGGGUGCUUGGGUGGGGUUAUGGAUAUAAAGCCUGAUAGCACUGGAAAUGGUGCUUUAGCUGAGAGAGCAAACGUUUGCACUAAUGUUUAAUGUCCUUAUCCUGCGUAUGGGAGAAGGGCAGGAGACCUCAGAAAGCCUGCGAGUUUCCAUGAGCACAGAGCAGUGUGGUUAAUACUCAAUGGGCUCAUGGAGUCCAUGCAACCCCUCUAUAGAAAUAAUCAUGUACAGUAUAUUAAGAGAUAUACAGACGUCCAACAAAUACCAAAGGAGAAGAAAUGGCUUGCGUUGAAGUCAUUGGACAUUUUAAGCUACUAUCUAAUGUUGGAUUUAUAGAGUUUUAUUGUUAGAUCUGAAGGCUCUUGAAAAGAGAACUUCUGAUGGACACUAUGGUGUGAUAACAGCAACAAAUGUUUGCUGUUCAUCGUUAAGAAAUAUUCCAAAUAUACAACAUUUAGGCACUUAGAAAGUAGCGAAGCCUCUCCGAAAUCCAUUUAAAUAUUUAAUUGUGUCCUGGUCUGAAGGCUGAGACGUACUGUUUGCAGGUUCCACAGAUAUGGAAUCAAGUUCAUUUAAGAGAUGGGAUUUUAUCAAGUUCAUGUUCAGGUCAAAUGAUGAGAAAUGAUAUGAAAUGAUAAUGAAAUAUAUUGUUAUUGUUAACACUGUUAUUUUGAUCCUUGCUGAAAUGUUCAGUUUACUUCUGGUAAAAGAUUGAAAUGAAUUCAAAUGUUCUAACGUUGAAGCAGACUGGGACUCCGUGGCCUUGUCUGAGCAGCACUAAGCUUUUUUUAUUAUUUCAUUUCAUGUUUCCAGACAGUUGUAUUGUGCAGUUUGGGGCUGAGGCUAACUCCCACCAGGUGGACGCUGCAAACGUCAAGGGCCACAGUGGUGCCUUACGUGGGCUGGAACCGACAAAACUCACAACUUAAUUUCAUUUCUUUUCUUUCCAUAAACAAAAACUUUUCUUCCGACAUAUUAAAACCAAAAAUGCUGAUUGGCUUGGAACUCAAAUUGAUCAUGUAUCUGUUUAAGCUUUACUUGAAUAAAAAGAAUAUGAACAUACCGCCUCUUCAGAGCUCAGUCUCUGUCAGCCUCUAUGGAUCCUCCUGGUGGGCCCCAGCCUCGGCCCCUCACUAAGGUUACUCUGACCCAGGCUCCACUGACACACUCUCUGAACGUUUAAUGCAAGUGUUUUUCCAAAUUGACCUUGUUAUGUUUGUCCUAUGCUGUUAAAUCAAAGAGUUUGGGGGAAUCUUCCUGAGAAGGCCAUAAAACAAAGACGACCAACAACUAUGAUAACUGUAAAUAAUCAAGCGAAGGCAGGGCGGGGUGACUGUUAACAUUCAGAUUCGUGGCGGCAGACGGGGGACUAUUUGCUUUGCUUCGUCAUUUUCCUGUUUUCCUGCACACCUGAUUUCUCUGUGUGUUUUCCAUCAGGCUCUUGAUGCACAGCGAGCUGAGCGCAGCAUAUGCAGUGGCGGCACUAUGCGCAGGCGAGGCUCUGGCACUUACACAGACAGCCCUGGGUCCUUCAGAGAGGCAGGCUGCUGUCUGUUGGCUGCUCUCGGCCGGGUGGGGGGGACAGUUGCACUUGGAGUCUCUCUCGGUCUCUGGGGGAUACAAAGGUUGGCAUAACAGGGAGGAGGAUUAAAUACGGGUGGUAGGGGAAAGCUGGAUGUUGUUUUCAGGGAUGAGGUUAGAAAGCCCAGGUGACGGACUAUUUGCUGAGCAAUCGUCCUCUUAGCUGGUAGGAAUGCCUGGCCACAAUAUGAUAAGAAUUGUAACCCAAAGGAGGUCACCACAGAUUCACAGAAUGCUGCUGAUCUCUUUGUCUCUAUGUAAGUACUACUCAGGUGGAAAAUACACUGCUAUGCAUUGGGUUUCAAUGUUUGCUAAGUUCAUGGUAUGUCUAAUCAACCCUCCAAGUUACUUCUCUGUUUGCCUUUCAUGUUCACCAAUAUUUACCAUAAUAGUUCCCAGAAGAUGAGAGCAGGAACAGCUCCCCCAUUGUAAAGUGGCUGUGACCAGCCUAUUUCUCCAUCUAAUAUUGAUCCAGUGGAUUGUUUUGUUGGAGGGAAGGAAGGCACUGGAGAUUCGCUCUUAUAAGUCAGUAAACAUUUCUGAAAAGAGAUGGGGUUGGGAAGCCACGGGGGAGAGUAUGUUCUGCUUCUCUCUUCUCCCCUCGCUCCCCCUCUCUCCGGACUCAGAGUCUACAUCUUUGCUGCCGGACCGUCCUUGAUCAGAGAUCACACGUCCUCAGCAGGGGAGGCUACGGGAGAGAAAGGAGGGAGAGGGUGAGCUAUAGUUUCAGUUUUCAGUCACCUAAACUCAUUUAGGAUACAUUCCAUAGCUUCAUAACUCGUGAUUCCAGCUUUUGGCGUUUUGGCAGGGUGUGAAGGAUGUGUGUUUGCAGACGGCAAGAAAACACACGGUCAACAUUUUAAGUUGGGCUGUUUCAGUCUGCCUGUUCGAGCCUCACUCUCCCUCCGACAUGUAGACAGACAGUCAAGAGGCCCCCCAGUGUACCGCUAUCCAACUGCCUUUUUAAGCUUCUGCGAUUGUAACAAAAAGCACUUUUUGCGAAAGGCCAUCUUGAAAUGUGUGUGCUUUUAUUUGAUCGUUAUCACUAUUGUUAUUUUGUUGUACCUGUUGAUGUCUUUUUUUUUGUUUUCUCUGUGGCAAUGAUUAUUUAAAUGCGAAAAAGAAAAACAAUUUGAUGAAAAUGCGAGAAAAAAAAGUAGAACAUUUGGUAUUGGAGGUGGUUUUCAAGCUGCCACCUCAUCUGGACAUAAACAACACUUCUCUGUUAAAGUACCAACACACCUGUUAUAUGCAGCUUAUUGCAUAUAUAUAUAGUCAACACCAAGGUUGGGGGGUGGGGGGGUAUUGGACAGACCUCCCCUCACCUGCUCUCUGCCUUACCGUCUCAGAUCUUGUUGGGAGAAUGGUCAUUUGAUCUCCUUUUCUUGAAAAGAAACCUGUAUAACAGUUGCAAAGCUUUCUGAGAAGGCUAGCUGUGCUGAAUGUUAAACAUGCAGUGUGUAUCCACUGCAGAACCUUUUUGUCUGCAAUAAUGCCCUGUCUGUAGUUAGAGGCUGGAUCUGGUAUCCAUAAAGCGCUUAAAUGAUUAUGAAAGACGGAUAAAAUGCACUUUUGCAAAUCAGUACGAAAAAAUGUUUGGCCUUUGUCAAAUCAAGAUGAUCUCAGUAAGAUGAAUAUUAUUGAUCAUGAUAAACAUUUAAUAAAUCCAUUCGGUAAAUUGUAUGACUUGGGAGAGAUACUAUUUAUAAUAGAUGAUUGUUGUAACUGUGAUUAUCAUGAUAAUCCUUUACAGAGGGAUAUUCUUUCUGAUGUACAUUUGAAAAUGGCAGAAUGUGUCCCAUCCUCUAAAAGCAGGACAUGAAUCACAAACGCACACAAUCACACCCGGAAGGAAGCGGCCGCUCCACUUCUCUCUGUGUGCUUAAACUUUAUAUUGCACAUGUGACCACACUUGUUGUGAUACACAGAGCGGGGGCUCUGUGUAUCACAACAAGUGCGUCCCAGGGGCAGAGCACCUGCUGUGGCAUCACUAAUCGAAUGGAGCGCGGCCAGAGAGUGCAGAGGCCGCUUUCUUCCCCAUGUGAUUCAGUGGUGUUUACUUUUUAAAAUAACCCCCCUUUCUCUUCACAAAGGUCUUUUUUUUUCUUCUUAGCGUAGCAGUCUGUCAGUCCAUAUCUGUUGGAAGCUGCAGGGGGGGGGGGGGGAUAUUGGUGAUUUCUUUUUGGGAGAAUUUGCACUUUUGGCAAUGAAAAUAUAUUGUAUAUGAGACCACUAAAUCCACACAGUCUAAACCAUAUAAUUCCAUUUUGUGUCAUUUUUUUGUUUUGUUCUGUUCUUCUUUUUUUUAAUAUAUCCAAAAAUGUCUGGCAUCUGGUUGUCUGGUUUAAAGAAUAUACAUCUUUCUAUUAAAAACAAUGGUUGCAAACAUU